AUGAAUUUUGAUAAUUACACGAAGCCCUCGACCUGCAAUCCUCUCGAGCAUACGUACCUCAUCGUGCGAAACGUCGGCAAGUACUUCCUACUUCCCGUCGAUCGCAAAGUGGACAAGCAGAAACCACCGACCGAACAAUCGAUCACACCGGAGAUCAAAACCGAGUUGCUCGACGAAGUAGUCGAAGAAAUACCGGAUGAACCGUGCAACGAAGAAAUAUUCGAAUUAAACGAGAAGCUUUCUUCGUCUUCUGUAUGGUCGGCUCAAACGCCGUUGGAAUUAUCCGAAUACUUGAAACAACAUCCAACCUCGAGCUCCAUGAUCACGAAAUACACAAACGGUGGAAAAAUCGGCCAGAUCUUCUGCUGCGACUGUUGCGGGAAGAUCUUCAGGAGGAAAGAAACGUUGCGCAAGCAUAUAAAUACUCACGACAACAAACGUACCUUCGAGUGUUCCGUGUGUCAUCAACUGUUGAAGACCAAACGAACCUUGCUCUUGCACAUGGGUCUUCACGAACACUCCGGUAAGCUGUACGAAUGCACGGAUUGCGAUUUCAUAUCGAAGAGGAGCCACAGUCUGAAGCGUCAUCAGAUCAGGAGGCACACGAAGUACUUCGAUUACAAGUGUCACCAGUGUCCGAAGAUGUUCAAACUGCAGAUGGACUUCAAGAGACACCUGCUGAAGCACGUAGUCGAGCCUUGUCGUUGCGACGUUUGCGGCAAGGUGUACCAGAACGAGUACUUCCUUAGGGUGCACCAGACGAUGGGGAAGAACCGGAGGACCGCGUGUUGCAGGCGUUACGAACGGGUUAAAGGUGGGCAGGAGGUGUCCGAGAACGGUGUUUCAAAGGGUGGGAAGGGGAGGAAAGUGUUCAAGUGUCCGCAGUGCAAGUGGCGAUUCCGGAAUUGGCGAUUGCUUCACAGACACAUGCAACGUCACCUGCUCUCGUACAAGUGCAACGUCUGCGGAGCUGUUUUUAAGUACAAGGCCUCGUUUUUGAAACACGAAGAAGCACACAGGGAUAAGGACGCGAAAUCAACGCGGCGUUUAACCACGAAGAACAAGUCUUCGAGCAUUCUUCAACGAAGAAUCAUAUUUCGUGCUUCGAGAAAUCGCAAACGCAGAAGCAACAGUAGACGUUUGAACAAUUCUUGUCGCGUUCAGAGGAAAAAUCUUCCCUCCAACUGCCGCAACUUCGAACCUGAAGAAACGAACGAAGACGAGAAAGUUUCGUCGAUGAAUUCUUCGAGUAAAAGAUCCUCGCCAAACUUGGACAAUUGUUGGACGAAUAAGUCGAACAACCGGAAGGAUUCUACUCAGCAAGAAGAUCUGUACAAGAAACUCAACGACGGGACGUACACCUGCGACAUUUGCCAGACGACGUUCGAGCAGAAGAGCAAGAUCCUUCGUCACAUCACCAGCAAGCACAGCUUCCAUCGACCGUUCAAGUGUUCCACCUGCGACAAGACGUUCAAAUACAAAUGCGACCUGAAGGCUCACAGGCUGGUCCACCAAGACGUCGACUCGAGUUUGCUGCACUGCUGCGACAAGUGCGACUAUCGAACGAAGACGAAGAACAACCUGAAGUCUCACUACAUCAGGCGACACACCGACGACUACAAGUUCGCCUGUGAACACUGUGGAAAGCGUUUCAAGAUGGAGUGGGACCUGAAGUUUCACAUUGGAACGCACAGUAACUCGCAGCACAUGUGUGACAUCUGUGGGAAAUUCUACACGAGCAACUAUUCGCUGUACAAGCACAGAAAGGUGGCUCAUUUGAACGAGUACAAAUUUCAGUGCAACGUUUGCAACAAGAGACUGUUGACGCAGGAGAAUCUGGACAAUCACAUGGAACAGCACAGUAGAACAUACGAGUGCAAGGAGUGUGGAAAGGUGUUCGCCUCGAAGAGGUACCUGGCGACGCACACGACCACUCACACAGGUGUGAAACCUUACACCUGUCACAUUUGCAAGAAGAACUUUCGAACGUCUCACAUGAGGAACACGCAUUUGUUGACUCAUUCAGCGGAGAGACCGCAUAUUUGCGACCUCUGUGGACAGUCUUUUAAGAGGAGGUACUACAUGAUCGAGCACCGGAGGAAACAUCCCGACGCCCAUUUGUCUUCGCCUCCUGUGCCAAUUGGAAGGAAGAAAACUGUGGUCGAGUCGGGGACAGAGGCUACGAGUGAAUUUCAGACAGAGGUUUCUUUGUAA